AUGUCUCUAUUCACCCAAAACGCCGAGGCUCUGUUCCCACAACUGCCGUCCGUCAUCACCAUCGACGGAUAUUACAUCGACAAGAGCGGAGAGACAGAUUGGACAUGGUUCCAAAAACAGACCCCUAUGAACGGAGACGAUGAAGGAUACGAACUGUGUCGUGGCAUUCAGAACACGCGGUCUCUUCUUGACUUGCUGUAUCGGUUUGCAGAUGAUCGACAACCACCCCCGUCAAAGGGAUACAUUGCACCAGGGGGCCAACUGACCGAGGAUGUACGAGGCAAUGAAGCUCUCUCGCAUAUGUUUCGACACCGAGUGGAUCUCUGCCAGGUGCUGCACUCUUCGAAUUUGCUGGAUACCCCCACCAGUCAAGAACUGACCAAAACAAUGCAGAACGGCAUAUCCGAGGCGGAAAAAGCAGAGUUUAGACUCUUGCAAGGCUUGCCUCAACCGCACAAGGAGUUCCAUUGGCUUGCAGAGUUUGAGAGAUCACUCCAGGAGUGUGCCUAUGCUCUGUUCGAGGCGUACCGCAUUGCCCGGAAACAUUUGUCUCCUUCAAUCACGAAGGCAACGCGAUUUGUUGAAAAGAUGUACGCCCUGGUUCCACCAAUGACCCGACUGCUGGUGGACCUGCUGUUGGCAGAGGAUGCUUUUGAAGAGGCGCACGCACGCACCCAUAUUUGCGACAUCAAGAUCGAAAAGCGGGUCAAGCUGACGGUUGACGUACCCAUGAAUGUGGCGGUCAUGGCUAGUCAACGCGAGCAAGUGCGUUUUCACAUGGGCCUCCUCAAGCAGCAUGCAGCAAGAUACUCGACCAAGAUCAGAGACCUCUACGCAUAUCGGUACCUGGUCGAAUGGGGCCAUGGGAGACCGUGGAAGCAAAUGUAUCUCGUUGUGGAUGAUACUUCUGGCGCAGGCGGCGUCCCCAAGCACAUCGUGGACGAAUUCUUGAUCUUUGCGACGUGCACCUCACCGCUCGCAAGCAAGAUGUUCAAUGUGCGUCCAAUGGCCUUCAGUGACAUCGACAAGGAGGACAUUUGUUCGAUAUGUCAGGAGGAGUACCAGGUCAACGACAUGGUGAUCGAGCUGCGGCACUGUCGACACCGGAUGCACCCCGAUUGCGUGAUCGAAUUCUGGGACAACCUCCAUCACUAUGACAACAGGUGUCCGAUGUGCAGGGGGCAAAACCCGAGCAUUCGGGAACUGUUCCCUUACUUCAAGGCGGAGACGAAGGACGUCUGUUACCACGCAGACGCAGAGGCGUCACACCUCGCCACGUGGCUGGACCGUACGAUUAGACACCGGCUCAGGAGAGACUUGCCUACGAAUUGCUGGGAAGCGGACCUCCGGCGAUACUUCUCGACACGUGAGGUCGAGGCGUGGUUGGCUGGGGAGUCCUUUGAGCAAAGGCUGAUGUCGGAAGACUUCUUUCCACAGCGGCGAGUGGAGUGGGACGAGUCCUCGGCCACUACGGACGGAGAGGAGGAUGAGGGAUAUGGAGGAGAUGAGAAUGGGAAUGGGAAUGGGUACGAAGGGGCCCAGGAGGAGGACGAGCAACGCAGAGACGGAGACAACGGCGACGAGGCCGACUCCAAGGACAAGGACAACUGA